AUGCAAGCCUUCCGCAACGCAGUGGCGCUGGUGGAGAUGGGCAAGCGGAAGUACAACCUCGCAGAACCCCAAAUGCUCAACGGCAUUCUCCUCGUGAAGCAGGAGAUUCCAAAGAUCGAGCCUGCCCAGUUGGCUCGGGAGCUGGGUCGGCAGGCCACCGCGCUUGAGAGCCAGGCUCGGAAUUACGCGGUUUCGGCGCUGAGGGUGGCUCAGAAUGGGCUGACGUCGUUUGAGGUGCAGAAGAACACGAAGAGGCAGCAGGAGCUGAGAGAUCAGCAGCUGCAGCGGGUGCAGAAGGAAAAACAGCAGCAGCAGAAGCAGCAGGGGGUGCAGGGGCAAGGGGGUGCCGUGGACACGUCACCUCCUUCCACCGGCCUCCGCGGCAGCAGCAGCAGCAACCGCCCGCCACGUGGCAUCCCCACCGGCGGGAAUGGCGCCGCGAUUUCCAGUAACGGGUCGGCCACGCGAUUCGCGCCGGGAGCGCCGUUGAAGCGACCAUUGGAGCGGCCGAGAGACAGAGUCUUCGAGGAGGAUCCGGCGGAGGAAGCGGCCGCUGCGCGCCGCGCGAUCGGCGCGCCGCUGUACGACGCGCAAGGGGUCGCGAAAUUCUACUCUAAACGACCGUUAGAGGUAGUCGGUCGAGCGCUGCGCGUCACGACAGCGCUCGGCUCAGUCGCCGCCUCCGUCCUGAUCGACCGGCAGCGCGGCCAGCUAGACGCCAACAUGCCGCGCCGAGCCUCGCAGCUUCGGCGCGCGCUGACGAGCCUGGGCCCCACGUUCGUGAAGCUAGGUCAGGCGCUCUCCACCCGCCCGGACCUGUGCCCGCCGGCAUAUUUGGACGAGUUAGCGCUGCUGCAGGACGCGUUGCCGACGUUUCCCGAUGCCGAGGCGUUUGCGUGCAUUGAGGGCGAGCUGGGUCGGCCUAUGGAAUCCAUGUUCGAGUCCAUCAGCCCUUCCCCGAUUGCCGCUGCCAGUCUCGGCCAGUCCAUCAGCCCUUCCCCGAUUGCCGCUGCCAGUCUCGGCCAGGUGAGCCCCCAAACCUCCCAGCUUGUCGAGUUGGCGCUACUCGCGCUGCUGCAGGAUGCGCUGCCGACGUUUCCCGAUGAAGAGGCGUUCGCGUGCAUAGAGGGCGAGCUGGGUCGCCCUAUGGGAACCAUGUUCGAGUCCAUUAGCCCGUCACAGAUCGCUGCUGCCAGUCUUGGUCAGGGCGAGCUGGGUCGACAAAUGGAGACCAUGUUCGAGUCUAUCAGCCCGUCGCCCAUUGCUGCUGCUAGUCUCGGGCAGGUGAGCAUGGAGCAACACUCUUUCCAUGUGUUCAUCCACACGACGAAACUCCCUUUCUCUCUCCUCCUGCUUUCUCCCUCCCUCUCCUCCCUCUGUUCCAUCCCUCUUCCUCUCUUCCCUGCACCUCCAGUUGUCAACAAGGCAUGGCUGAUCAGAUCAGGCACAGAAUUAGCAGCCAAGGUGCCAUGCCCGGGCAUCACAACAGCCAUAGGGCUCCCUCCCCUUCUCCCUCUUCCUCCGCCUGCUCCCUCCUUGACUCUCCCGCUUGCAGGUGUACAAGCGGGUGUACAAGGCACGAUUGAGCUGGUGUACAAGGCGCGUCUCAUUGGAGGCACGGAAGUGGCAGUGAAGGUGCAGCGACCGGGCAUCACAACAGCCAUCGGGCUGGACUUUCUGCUCAUCAGGGGCCUGUGCUCGCUGGUCGAUAAAUACGUUGAUUCUCUUACUACUAGUGUAACCAUCGGGCUGGACUUUCUGCUCAUUAGGGGGCUGUGCUCGCUGGUGGAUAGAUACGUUGACUCGCUCACCACUAGUGUAACCAUCGGGCUGGACUUUCUGCUCAUCAGGGGGCUGUGCUCGCUGGUGGAUAAGUACGUUGGCUCGCUCACAACCAGCUCAGUGGCGCUUCUAGACGAGUUUGCAGACAGGGUGUACCAGGAGGUAUGUGACUCUCUUCUUUUUCCUCCUCUCUUACCUCGUCUCUUUCCUCUUCUUUUUCCUCCUCUCUUACCUCCUCUCUUUCUUCCUCUCUCUCCUCCUCCUAUAAACUUUGUCCUCCCCAUUUUUUGGUUAAAUCCGAUCAGUUACGUGCUCCUAAACUACGUCCAAGAGGCCCGCAAUGCCCGGCGCUUUCGGCAGUUGUACGGCAACCAGAACGGGGUAUACGUGCCGCAGAUCGUGUGGCUCAACACAUCCUCCCGCGUGCUGUGCAUGGAGUUGGUGGAUGGGGUCAAGCUGAGCAGAGCGAUGGGAGUAGUAGCUGCUUACACACCUAUGUGCUAUGUAUACGCUGCCCACCCACUUGCCAGAUCGUAUCGUGUGGCGCAACACAUCGUGCCGCGUGCUGUGCAUGGAGUGGGUUAUGCCAUGCGUAUACCUGGGACCCACACCACACCCCUCUCCUCUCCCCACACAGAUCGUGUGGCGCAACACAUCGUGCCGCGUGCUGUGCAUGGAAUCGUGUGGCGCAACACAUCGUGCCGGGUGCUGUGCAUGGAGUGGGUGGAUGGGGUCAAGCUGAGCGAUGCAGCGAGCAUGAGGCAGAACAACCUUGAUGUGAUUGACCUCGUGGACAUUGGCAUUCAGUGCUCUCUCCGGCAGUUAUUGGAGUUCGGUUACUUCCAUGCGGACCCCCAUCCCGGCAACCUGCUUGCCAUGUCUGACGGCCGUCUGGCCUUCCUUGACUUUGGCAUGAUGAGUGAGACGCCCCCCCGAGCCCGAUUCGCCAUCAUAGGCCACGUGGUGCAUCUGGUGAACCGGGACUAUGAGGCCAUGGCGCGCGAUUACUAUGGUCACCUCGUUCCCAUCGUGCCCUCUCCCUAUCCCCCUCUCCGGCUUUCCCUCCUCACCCUCCCUUCCCUCCACGCCUCGCCCCCUCCACGCCUCCCCCCCUCACUCACCCCACCAGAGCUCGACUUCCUAGACCCCUCAGUGGGCGUGGCGCCCAUCAUGCCCUCCUCUCCUCUGCACCUUGCUCCCCCCUUUUCCCCCCUCACUCCUUCCCCCUGCCCUUUUUCCCCCCUUUCACGCCUCUCCCUUCGCUCCCCUCCAGAGCUCGACUUCCUAGACCCCUCAGUGGACGUGGCGCCUAUAGUGCCGGCUUUAAGAGGCUUCUUUGACGACGUUCUGCAGAGGCUUUUUCGACGACAUGCUGCAGGUGAGGCGGAGUGGGACGGGAUGGGCAUGAAGUGA